UCACUGUUAAGAGACUCACAUGUGUUUGUGUUGUUGUUUUGAAAUAACUUUUCCUGACAAUUUGAUAGAAAUCUUGUACUUUUGGUCGGUAUAAACGACAGUUCCAUUUACUAAAUGUUACCGAUUGAGGUCUUUACGUGUUUCCCCGGUCAGAUGUGGGACAAAGUGUUGUCAAAGGUAAAGAAAGCUGUUGUUUUCAUGGACGACAAGUGUGCUGGGAGUCUUCAUUGGAACGGUGGAGCUACAAGUGUAUUUGAGGCUGGGGCUCGUAAUUUAAAAGAGUUUUCAAGCUUCGAAGCUGGUGGUGAAAACGAACCAAAGGCUGUGUUUGUGGUGAGCACUCUGCUGAAGGGGAGGACAGCUGACAUUAUCAAAGACAUUAUUGGACUCAGUCACUUUCAGUAUUGUGUUGUUUUCACCACCGUAGCCCACUCUAUACAACUCCUCGCUAACAAUGUCACUGCUGUAUUAGAGGGGAACCCUGUGUUCGAGCAGUUUGAAGAGAAGCUGAGCGAGUGGAUGGGAGACAUGAACUACACCGCUGAAGUUAUACAUGCGCCUGUGGUCUUCGCUCAGGUGUCACCACAGCUUCUUCUCACGCCAAUCUUCGCGCACCUGUUUUCGCUGUUGCCACAGGACCUCUAGACCAUCAAAAUAAAGCGAACAGUGAAGAGGUUUGUCAGUUUGACUGAUUUUGACAUGCAGUCUCUUACUCCGGAGUUGCAGAUUGAAAUUAAAACCCUGGCCUGUGCGGUUAAUUCCAUGUUUGAGUCCACCAGCACCCGGCAGGAGAACUUUGCAGUGGGUCCAAUGAGCCGUCUUAUCGCUGGGGAACUGGCCAACCAUCCUCAAGCAAAAAGCCGCAGAAAGACUGCCACCAAUAAAGCAUCCAUCGUCUUCAUCGACAGGACACUGGGUCUAACAGGGGCUGCUGGUCACCAUGGUGACAGCCUGAUGGAGAAGAUCUUGACUGUGCUGCAACCUCUGCCAGGACACACCACUGAUGUUCAGGUGGACAUGCUGGAGCUCAUUAACCUGCAGCACAUCCCAGAUCCAGGCUGCCUGGCACAGACCCAGUUGUCCACAGCCUGAUUGCUAUGGGAAACGAUGCUGGCCAGUAAGCAGAAGGAGGCUGUGAUGGAGGUUCGUAGACAGUUGGUGGAGGCCGCCAGCAAGGAGAACCUGCCAAUCAAGAUGAGUCUGGGCCGUGUAACCCCGGAGCAGCUGUGUUCCUACGUGCAGCUGUUUAAAAGUAGCUGGGGGGCUCUAGAGAGUCACUGUGGGGUGCUCCAGCUGGGCCUGGCCACCGCCCAGACCCUCCGCCACCCCACCCUGCCACACUGGGACACCUGCCUGGCUUUCGAGAGACUGCUGCUGCAGGCUCUCGGAGACUCUGACUUUGCUGGUGUUCUGAGGCAGCUGCUGCCCCUGAUGAAGCCCCGCGGUGAGGAGGGGUCCAGAUCAGAGUCCAGUUCAGGUUGUCGGUCGGGGGAGGAUGAGUGUGGUCCAGACGAGCUGCUGGUGCUGCUGGUCUACCUGUACUCCCUGGCUGGAGAGGCUCAGCCUGCAGACGAUGAAGAGGUGGAGAAGGUGGAGAGGGAGCUGAUUGGAGCGCUCACCCUAGUCGUCACCAGAGAGACGGAGCUCAGCCCGCUGCUGCAGAAACUCACCAGUUAGGAGGGUGGGGGGCAGGGGUGAAGGGAACUGUGGGGUGGAUCUUGGCUGAUGGGGUCGCUGGUUUGCGUAUGUUUGAAAUAGAGGAACCUAAAAUUGCACCAUUCUCUUGAUAAGACUCAACUGAACCAGAUGCAACAUAUCACAACAUUAUAGAUGGGUUGCUUCUUUACCAACUAUGGGACAAAACAGACUGGGUUGGCUUAGAUGGUUGACAACGUGUAAAUGUUUAUUGAAAACAUACAGUGCAUUUGGAAAGUAUUCAGACCCCUUGACUUUUUCCAAAUUUUGUUACGUUACAGCUUUAUUCUAAAAUGGUUUGUUUUUUAAAUACCAUCAAUCUACACACAGUACCCCAUAAUGACAAAGCGAAAACAAGUUUUUAGAAAUGUUUGCAAAUGUAUUCAAAAAUAAAAACAGAAAUACCUUAUUUACGUAAGUAUUUAGACCCUUUGCUAUGAGACUCGAAAUUGAGCUUCGGUGCAUCCUGUUUCCAUUGAUCAUCCUUGAAAUGUAUCUACAACUUCAAUGGAGUCCACCUGUGGUAAAUUCAGGGGAUUGGACAUGAUUUAUAUAAGAUCCCACAGUUGCCAGUGCAUGUCAGAGCAGAAACCAAGCCUUGAGGUUGAAGGAAUUGUCCGUAGAGCUCCAAGACAGGAUUGUGUCGAGGCACACUGAGCAAUCGGGAGAGAAGGGCCUUGGUCAGGGAGGUGACCAAGAACCCGAUGGUCACUCUGACAGAGCUCCAGAGUUCCUCUGUGGAGAUGGGAGAACCUUCCAGAAGGACAACCAUCCACCAAUCAGGCCUUUAUGGUAGAGUGAACAGACGGAAGCCACUCCUCAGUAAAAGGCACAUGACAGACCGCUUUGAGUUUGCUAAAAGGCCUCUAGAGACUCUCAGAUCAUGAGAAACAAGAUUCUCUGGUCUGAUGAAACCAAGAUUGAACUCUUUGGCCUGAAUGCCAAGUGUCAUGUCUGGAGGAUACUUGGCAUCAUCCCUACGGCGAAGUAUGGUGGUGGCCGCAUCCUGCCCCAGAGAGCUCAGGACCUCAGACUGGGGCGAAGAUUCACCUUCCAACAGGACAACAACCCUAAGCACACUGCCAAGACAACACAGGAGUGGCUUAGGGACAAGUCUCUGAAUGCCCUUGAGUGACCCAGCCAGAGGCUGAACUUGAACACGAUCGAACAUCUCUGGAGAGACCUGAAAAUAGCUGUGCAGUGACGCCUUGUAGCGUCAUACCCAAGAAGACUUGAGGCUGUAAUUACUGCCAAAGGUUCUUCAACAAAGUACUGAGAAAAGGGUUUGAAUACUUAUGUAAAUAUGAUUAUAUAUAUUUUUUUAUAAAUUUGUAAAAAUGUAUGAAAACCUGUUUUUGCUUUGACAUUAUGGGGUAUUGUGUGUAGAUUGAUGAGGGGGAAAACAAUUUAAUCCAUUUUAGAAUAAAAUAAAAUGUGGAAACGGUCAAGGGGUCUGAAUACUUUCCAUAUGCACUGUAAAUACAUUUACACAAUGAGCGCAUGUCUCUCAAAUAGAUUUUUACAGUUGUUUGUCAACUCAAAUCAAAUCAAAGUUUAUUUGUCACGUGCGCCGAAUACGACAGGUGUAGACCUUACAGUGAAAUGCUUACUUACAGGCUCUAAACAAUAGUGCAAAAAAGGUAUUAGGUGAACAAUAGGUAGGUAAAGAAAUAAAACAACAGUAAAAAGACAGGCUGUAUACAGUAUCAAGGCUAUAAAAGUAGCGAGGCUACAUACAGACACCGGUUAGUCAGGCUGAUUGAGGUAGUAUGUACAUGUAGAUAUGGUUAAAGUGACUAUGCAUCUAUGAUGAACAGAGAGUAGCAGUAGCGUAAAAGAGGGGUUGGUGGGUGGGACACAAUGCAGACAGCCCGGUUAGCCAAUGUGCGGAAGCACUGGUUGGUCGGCCCAAUUGAGGUAGUAUGUACAUAAAUGUAUAGUUAAAGUGACUAUGCAUAUAUGAUAAACAGAGAGUAGCAGCAGCGUAAAAAGAGGGGUUAGGGGGAGCACACAAUACAAAUGGUCCUUUUGUUCGAUAAAGUCCUUCUUUAUAUCCAUAAAAACUCAGUUUAGCUGGCGCGCUUCAUUCAAUAAUCCACCGGUUUCCCUCCUUCAAAAUGCACAUAAAAUGAAUGCCAAACGCUAACAAUAAACUUAUCCAUACAGGUCAAACAACGUUUAUAAUCAAACCUCAGGUACCCUAAUACGGAAAUAUACGAUCAAAUUUAAGCCGGAGAAUAGUAUGUUCAUUACCUGAGAUAAAUAACAAAGAACGCGCUUUCAUUCUUGCACAUGGAAGCACUACAGCCAAAAUGGGAGCCACUUAGAAAAACUACAACUUCUAGCUAAGUUUUCCAAAAACCAGCCUGAAAUUCUUUCUAAAGACUGUUGACAUCUAGUGGAAGCCUUAGGAACUGCAAUCUGUGGGGACUUUGUCUCAUAAUAAACAUGAAAUCCAUGGAAA